UGAAACCACAUCCUCUCCCUCUAUAAACACCCCCCCUUGCUCCCUUCCGAACUGAUACUUCGUCUCCCCCCAUCUGCUCACUGCGCCUCAGUUGCCCGGAAGCUCUGUUCUCUUCUUCCUUCAAUUCCCAGCUCAAAGCUUCAAUCUUCAGCUCAGGCACCUCUGAAGUUGUUUUACAGAGGAUAAGGCAUGGCGUCAUCAAUGACAUGCCUUGUUGGUAACGGUCUUACCACCAAGAGCACAAAGUCAGAUUUGACCAGGGGGUUCUAUGGCAGAAACGUUCUGCCUUCAUCUCGCCUUCCAACUCGAGUUAGGGCAGGGAAAACAGUUUCCAUAAAGGGAUCCUUAGAGCAGAAGAGGCAUGAAGGCAGGAGAAAUUUCCUAAAGUUGCUGGGGAACAUAGGGGUAGCAGCACCUGCUUUGUUAAACAGUGGCAAAGCUGCUGCCGAUGAGCAGGGGGUUUCUUCCUCUAGAAUGUCGUACUCCAGGUUUCUGGAGUAUCUAGACAAGGAUAGGGUGAAGAAGGUGGAUUUGUUCGAAAAUGGGACUAUAGCUAUUGUUGAAGCGGUAUCUCCUGAGUUAGGUAACAGGAUUCAAAGGGUCCGUGUUCAGCUCCCUGGGCUUAGCCAGGAGCUCCUUCAAAAGUUCAGGGAGAAGAACAUUGACUUUGCAGCCCACAAUGCUCAGGAGGACUCAGGUUCUCUGUUAUUCAACUUGAUCGGGAACCUCGCCUUCCCCUUGAUAUUGAUUGGGGGUCUGUUCCUUCUGUCAAGGCGCUCAUCAGGAGGAAUGGGAGGUCCGGGCGGGCCUGGGUUUCCUCUUGCCUUUGGACAAUCCAAAGCCAAGUUCCAGAUGGAACCAAACACAGGUGUAACAUUCGAUGAUGUUGCUGGAGUCGAUGAGGCAAAGCAAGAUUUCAUGGAAGUGGUUGAGUUCCUGAAGAAGCCCGAAAGGUUUACUGCAGUUGGUGCCCGAAUUCCUAAAGGUGUACUUCUAGUUGGUCCUCCUGGAACUGGAAAAACUCUUCUCGCCAAGGCAAUUGCUGGUGAAGCUGGUGUUCCAUUUUUCUCCAUCUCCGGUUCUGAGUUCGUUGAGAUGUUUGUUGGUGUUGGUGCGUCUAGAGUUCGUGAUCUGUUCAAGAAAGCCAAAGAGAAUGCCCCUUGCAUUGUGUUUGUUGAUGAAAUUGAUGCUGUUGGGCGGCAAAGGGGAACUGGAAUUGGCGGAGGAAAUGAUGAAAGGGAGCAGACUCUUAAUCAGCUCUUGACAGAGAUGGAUGGAUUCGAGGGAAACACUGGUAUCAUCGUUAUUGCUGCAACUAACCGUGCCGAUAUCCUCGACUCUGCCUUAUUACGGCCUGGCCGAUUUGACAGACAGGUAACAGUUGAUGUUCCCGAUAUUCGGGGAAGAACUGAAAUUCUGAAGGUGCACGCUAGCAACAAGAAGUUCGAUGGCGAUGUUUCUCUUGAUGUUAUUGCAAUGAGAACUCCUGGGUUCAGUGGAGCAGAUCUUGCAAACCUGUUGAAUGAGGCUGCUAUACUGGCCGGUCGUCGUGGAAAGACUGCCAUCUCUUCAAAAGAGAUUGAUGAUUCUAUUGAUAGGAUUGUUGCUGGAAUGGAAGGAACUGUGAUGACGGAUGGGAAGAGCAAGAGUUUGGUGGCAUACCAUGAAGUCGGUCAUGCCGUUUGCGGGACUUUGACCCCUGGGCAUGAUCCUGUUCAGAAGGUUACGCUGGUUCCUCGUGGUCAGGCACGAGGUCUCACCUGGUUCAUUCCAGCUGAUGACCCCACCCUUAUCUCGAAACAACAACUCUUUGCGAGAAUUGUGGGUGGUCUCGGUGGCAGAGCUGCUGAGGCAGUGAUCUUCGGGGAGCCCGAGGUUACCACUGGUGCAGCUGGUGAUUUGCAGCAGAUCACUGGUUUGGCGAAACAGAUGGUGACUACAUUCGGAAUGUCCGAGAUCGGCCCAUGGUCCCUGAUGGACUCGGGGGCGCAGAGCGCCGAUGUCAUCAUGAGGAUGAUGGCGAGAAAUUCCAUGUCGGAGAAACUUGCUGUGGAUAUUGAUGCCGCUGUCAAGAGAAUCUCAGACAGUGCCUAUGAAAUUGCACUGAGCCAAAUCAGGAGCAACCGGGAGGCCAUGGACAAAAUUGUGGAAGUCCUCCUCGAGAAGGAAACAAUGACAGGAGAUGAGUUCCGAGCUAUCCUGUCGGAGUUUGUGGAAAUCCCGGCUGAGAACCGGGUUUCUCCAUCAGUCCCAACACCAGUCUCGGUCUAAGGCAGCCUGUUCGAUGACACCUUAGGGCCCUCACAUCCUAUUAUUUGUUCAAAUGUAUAGUGUAUGAUAUCAUUAACUGGUCUUAUAUAGGCAGAGCACAUACUGCUCUCUUGUUUCUGCAGUUUUUGAGCUGUGACGAUCUUGUACACUCAUCCGAGACAAACGAUUGUUCGAUAUUGAAUACCGAAGCACGAAGCUUGCGACUGAUUGGGGCA